GUCAUUUGAAAAGAAAGAGGGAGUGCUCAGGCUCACCUAGGGGCAUUGUUAUUGUUGGUACGUGAGUUCUUUGCAACAUGGAUUUUUCAUUGCUGCUCUUCGUUGCGUCAGUUUUUGCUUUUGCAAAGGGGAAGGCAAUCCCGCAGGACACUCCGCAUGCCAUUUCAAAAACAGCUCCGCAAGUUGAUUUAAAGGUUAUCGAGAAAAGUUUUGGGCAUCUUGUAAAUGGACUCAAAGGCAUAGAACUUUGGAGACGGGAGAUUCUAACCAACGCUCAGGAAAACCCCAAGUCACUGUUAGAAAAAAAGGCUGACAAGGAAAACGCCCCCCUGGUCGAAAGCUUUCAACUUCUGAACGAAAUUGAUUCCUACCUAAUUAAAGCACGAAAAUAUUAUCAAGCUAUCAACACACUCAUUCACUCUGACGAAAAUUCAUUGGAUGCAAAACAGACUGUCGCAACUAUCAGCAAACUGAGAGAAAGAUUAAUCCACAUCAAAGACACCGUUCAAGAGCGUGGAAAAGCCUUUAAACCUGCUACCAAUGUACCUCAAGAUAGUGAACUGCACUUGCUGAAAGCUGCGUUUGACGCCACAGCGGCAGAAUGUUUAGCGAUCGAGAAGGACCUUCGAGACAUGACUAAAAAUUCUCCGUACAAAAAGUACCUCAAGGACAUUAAACCAUUAUAAUGUUUUGUAACUUCGAAAGAAUCAUUUUUUUGUUACGUUUUUUGUAUAAAUAAUUGAAUAAAUUAAUGUGAUAACGUAAACACCUUCAAA